AGAACAGUAAGAAAAAAAGAGGAGAGGCUGGCUGGGUACACAGGCCUCUACAGACCGAGAGGGGACAGGAGGCUGUGCAAGGAGCGCUUUGAACUUGUGCAUCGGAUCUCUUGGCCACUGGUUAUGAAUAAGAUCUUAUCCUUCUGGGUGCUGCUGCUGGAUAUUACCUUUCCCUCACAGCAAAGCACAUUUUAUGCUUGGCUAAUUCAAAUAGGCUGCUCUGCACGGAAACGGGGGACUUUGUGAAGGGGACACAUUGCCUUCUGUGUAAGGAAGCACAGCUCACAAUGAUCUGGACCACACCAGGCAUUAGGAGACCUGUACAUUUGAUACACUCACUGGUGUUUAUUUUGCAAGCCUUCCUUUGGAUUGUAUGCGCUGUCUGUGCGGAGGACCAGUAUUUCAAUGUAGAGGUGUGGCUGCAGAACUACGGCUACCUUCCACCCACUGACCCCAGAAUGUCGGUAUUACGAUCUGCAGAAACCAUGCAAUCGGCUAUAGCUGCUAUGCAGCAAUUUUAUGGCAUUAACGUUACAGGGAAGGUGGACAAAAAUACAAUUGACUGGAUGAAAAAACCACGAUGUGGCGUGCCUGAUAAAACAAGAGCUAGUGCCAGAUUUAAUGUGCGACGGAAACGAUACGCCUUAACGGGGCAGAAGUGGCAUCAUAAACAUAUCACUUAUAGUAUAAAGAACGUCACUCCAAAAGUAGGAGAUACUGAAACGCGCAAAGCCAUUCGCCGUGCCUUUGAUGUUUGGCAGAAUGUAACUCCGCUAACAUUUGAAGAAAUUUCAUACCAUGAAUUAGAAAAUGGCAAAAGGGAAGUGGACAUUACAAUUAUCUUUGCAUCAGGUUUUCAUGGAGACAGUUCACCGUUUGAUGGUGAAGGGGGAUUUUUGGCACAUGCUUACUUUCCAGGACCUGGAAUAGGAGGAGACACACAUUUUGACUCAGAUGAACCAUGGACACUAGGAAACCCUAAUCAUGAUGGAAAUGACCUAUUUCUAGUCGCUGUGCAUGAACUGGGUCAUGCAUUAGGCCUGGAACAUUCCAAUGACCCCACUGCAAUCAUGGCUCCAUUUUAUCAGUAUAUGGAAACUGAGAACUUCAAACUACCUACAGAUGAUUUACAGGGAAUUCAGAAAAUAUACGGUCCACCUGAGAAGAUUGCAACACCAACAAAACCUCUUCCAACAGUGCCACCACAUCGGCCUAUUACACCAGCAGAUCCACGUAAGAAUGAUAGGCAGCCAAGACCACCUCGACCCCCAACUGGAGAUAAGCCAUCUUAUCCGGGAAUCAAGCCUAAUAUAUGUGAUGGAAAUUUUAAUACACUGGCCAUUCUACGGAGGGAGAUGUUUGUAUUUAAGGAUCAAUGGUUUUGGCGUGUGAGAAACAACAAAGUUAUGGAUGGUUACCCUAUGCAGAUAACCUACUUCUGGAGAGGGUUGCCCCCUGGUAUUGAUGCAGUUUAUGAAAAUAGUGAAGGAAAUUUUGUCUUCUUUAAAGGAAACAAGUACUGGGUUUUUAAAGACACAACUCUUCAACCUGGGUACCCCCAUGACUUAAUACAUCUGGGACAUGGGAUUCCACCACAUGGAAUCGAUACAGCUGUUUGGUGGGAGGAUGUUGGGAAAACAUACUUUUUUAAGGGUGACAGAUAUUGGCGAUACAAUGAAGAAAAGAGAGUAAUGGAUCCUGGCUAUCCAAAAUUAAUUACUAUAUGGAAAGGUAUACCACCUUCACCACAAGGAGCUUUUCUUGACAAAGAUAGUGGCUUUACUUACUUCUAUAAAGGGAAGGAAUACUGGAAAUUCCACAACCAGAAUCUUAAAGUAGAGCCUGGCUACCCAAGAUCUAUUCUUAAAGAUUUCAUGGGAUGUGAAAUUUUGACCGACAAAGACAUGGAUCGUACCAGUUCCCAAGAUGAUGUAGACAUUGUCAUCAAGCUGGACAACACUGCCAGCACUGUGAAAGCCAUAGCCAUUGUUAUACCUUGUAUCCUGGCCUUGUGCCUGCUUGUUCUGGUUUACACUGUGUUUCAGUUCAAGAGAAAAGGAACACCCCGCCACAUACUGUACUGUAAACGCUCUAUGCAAGAGUGGGUGUGAUGUAGGGAUUUUCUCUUAGAGGUUUGAGGUUACUUGAGAUUAAACAUCAGAGCUAUUAUGCUGUUCCCUAGCUAGAAGCAGGCAUCUGUAAGCAAGGAUCUUAGCUGAUCUUUUAAACCCCAAAAAGGGUUCUGUGUCCUGCUCUUGAUGGGGAUUCAAUCAUCUAGGAAGCUUCCAUGAAAUACAGUUUCUGCUGUUUCUCGAAUCUUUUGUAUUUCUUUGUCAUUCAACUUUAGGCCUUUCUUCUGCACAGUGAAUGCUAAGAUUACUUUUUGGAGUGAACAAUGAAAGGGAAGAAUUAAACCUUUUCCAGUAAGAUUUUUUUUUUUUUUUUUUUAAUUUUAAAAAUUCUAGAUCCUCUUUGAAAAGAUAUGUGCUGCAAGUGGAUUUUUUUUUUCAGAAACAGGAAUAUAAGAAAAGGAAAAAAAAUCAAGAAUUAAACUUUUUGGAAGAAUGCAAAGACCCAAAAUAGCUUUGUUUCCAAAGAGGAUUGAUUUUCUGCUACAAUGUAUUCCCACAUCGGAUUCUGUGGGAGAGCAAUGUUGUGCAGGACCUUUAGACUGUUUGGACAGCAUUUUUCUAAUAACUAAAAGGGGCCAAAAUAUCUGCAAUAUAGUAACAGCCUUAAUACUACAUCAUUUUGUGUUUUAUACAACUUUUCUGAUAUUUGUCCUAAAUGUUUUAACACAUUUAUAGUCAUUAAUAUACAGACAGAAUUUUUUUUUAUUAAGUUUAUUUUUUGUUUAUUUUCUCUUAACAUUUUAUCAAGCUGUAUUCAACUGCCUGGGAUCCUUAGCCUGUAUGUCAGGAAUACUCAAUUGAAAGCCUAGCAGGAUGCAUUGUGUCUCUAAAGUGGUUUGCAAUGAGCUACGGCAAAAUGCCUGUCAUGUUGUGAAGAAAAUUGCUACAAGUAUUACAUUUUUUUAACCCUUUGAGUGCUGUUGUAUCAGUUUUCAGAUUCCAAUUAAUUAUUCAGCUUGCUUGUCAAAACUAUAUGAAUGUGCAAAACAAGUAAAUCAGUAUGAGUGUAAAAGAGGACCUAGGUAGCUUGUUUAUCUGAUUAUUCAACAGCUUCUCAAAUGGUUUUUGAUACACAAAAUAUCUAAAAGCAGAACAACUAAAAUUCUCAGCAAAAAGGCAAGUUUAGAAAAGUGUGGUAUGCUUACAAAAUAUUUUAAUAGACAAUUUUAUACAUUUGAUUUGUUUUACGUUGAACAUACAUUGCACGAUUGAGACUACAAAUUGCCUUACAUGAGAACAUCCAGGUACACAUACGUGCCGAGAAUCUGAAUACUGCAUGUACCCCAGUGCAUUCUCAGCUCUGCACGUUUACCAUAGUUCUCAAAGGGUGAGUUAGGAUUUCUAUAUAGCAGUAGAUUUGGACGAGAAAGUAGUUGAAAGAUCACCAAAGCAUUUUCUUGUCAAGUGUAUUAUGUACUGAAAGUGCUGUUUUUAUUUUCAUGUGACCUGCAAAGCAGGAGUUUUUUUCCUAGAGAAAAAGUCAGCAACUGACAGAAAUCUUUAUUGAACUUAUUAAAAAAACUGCUUUUUGCAGUUAUGCUUUUACAGGAUGGUUAGAUUGAACGCAGUUUCAACAAGGUUAAACUGACAUCUUAUGAAAGUCAGUAUUAUGGAGUGUCAUUGUUAUCCAUGAAUAGUUUGCCUUUAACUUAAAUACUGAUCUGUUGACUGUCAUAACUAAGUUAAAAAAUGUUUUUAAAAAAAAUGUUGCUGUCUUACAUUAAACAGAGCACUGUUCAUACGGUUUGUGCCCUUUGACCUUUAACUAUGCUGACAUUUCCAGGGGAAACAGUUAGAUGUGUACAUGAGUCAUGGAAAAAAAAUUCUCUGAUAAGCUCAGUGUGAUAUUAUUAUUACUAUUAUUAUCGGUUAUUUGUAGAGCGCCAAAAGAUUCCGCAGCGCUAUAAACAAAAGGGGAGUACAACAAAACAAUUAUAGGGAUCAAAUGGGUAGCGGGCCCUGCCAAGAGUUGCACUGUUGUAGUCAGCUCUUAAGAAGGUGAUCUACAAACAGCUGGACUCUUAGGCUUACAUGCUAAGGGGGUUCAGGGGAUAGCAAUGGAGGAGAGGAACUGGUAUAAAGAAAGGUUAGCAUAGGUUGUAUGAAUCCCUGAACAGUAGAGUCUUUAGGGAGCGCUUGAAGCUUUCAAAACUGGGGGAGAGUCUUGUGGAGCGAGUCAGAGAGUUCCACAAGAAAAUACAUUUUAAGUUAAAUAACAAUUUGGUAAGAAAUUUCACAUGGGCGUGUAAUGUGCAUGUAUGUUCUACAGUAUACAUGUACCUCAUGAACUCUAUAUAUUUUACAUUCAUUAUCUGAAAUAAAAAAAAUAUAUAUUGUAUCUGGAUAGCAAUUAAAUAGCAUCUACUAAUAUGUACGUAAUAUUUGUUUUGAUAUUAUGUUUACGCAUUGAUACAUUUUGACCGUAGCACUGCGUCAACCAUAAUUUUAUUCGCUCAAACAGGAUUGGUGGUUGUGCUUUUUGUCUGUUAGUCAUAAGUUAAAAUUAUACUAGUAAAUUUAUGCAGUACAUUAUACAAGUUUCCAGAAGACUUUAACAUACUAGACUAUAGAAUAUAUGAAUAAAUAUUUCAUGCACAGGCAUUUUUUUGUGUCCAUGUGAACAUUUUAACAAAAAAAACAACAUACAUUUUUAAAUAAUAAUUUAGUAGAAAAUAAAAUGUAAUUAACCACAUUUUUAAAUAAUAAUUUAGUAGAAAAUAAAAUGUAAUUAACUUACCUGUAUAUUUAUUAUCAGAUUUAGAAUAAGAAUCAAAUAGUUCCCUAUAGUAAAUAGUUAUUUUAGGUAUGGUUUAAUACAGAACAAAGGUUUGAUGAAAUAUUGUAAAUGUAAAAAAAAAAUAUUAAAAAAUAAGAAAGUAUUUGGUGAAAGGAAUGUUUCAAGUGUGGCUUGCUGCCUAGAUAAAUAUUGACGUAUCUGCAGUAUUGAUCUAUUGAAAGCCCUUUUCUUUUUUGUAAAAAUUGUGUUUGUCCCACACUUACUAUUUGCAAAUACAAUAGACGGUUUGGGUAAUUUAUAGCAUUUAUAGUACAUUUCAAUUUUUAACCCCUCUAGGGAGCGUUGGAAAAGCACACAAUGUUUAUAAUGUCCCUUUAAUGUCGAAGUUGACAUUCAUAUAUACAUAUUUUUAUGAAUGUCUAAAAUUGAUCAGUCUGUGCUAUUUGUAAUGUUAAUGCAUUAUAAUAAUUGCAGCAAGUAAGAUUUACAUUAAUUCCUAACCCUCUCGAUAUGUGACAGCAUUUUCAAAAUAGAAUUAAAAUAUAUACUUUAUGGAAAGGUGAACAGAAUAAUUUCACUGUGUUCUUUAUACUAUGCUAAAAUGUCUGGUGAAUUAGUUUUCUUAUAUAAAAAUGUUUUAUUUUCAUCACCUAGAAUAUCGUAAAUAUGUUAUUCUAUUUUGCUUCCACUGACAAACACAACACUUGUUUGUGCGCAAAUAUAAGACUGAAUAAAUGGUGCUAAUGUGUACUAUGUGCGGUUUAGCCGAACAAUCGGAUGUGGUGCUUAGGCUGCGGUUACUUACAUUGUUUUAUUAAUCAAUGCUUAAAUAGUAUAUUAUUCACACUAGUCGUAUUUUAAUAUCAAUAAAGGUCAUUGCACGGAGAAAUUAAUUUAAAGAGGAAUGAAUAACAUUAGAUUGUAACUCCUUAGCUAUCAGAGAGGCCAGGAAUGCAUUGCGCAGCAGUGCAGCAAUGUGUUUUAUCCUUCUCUGGCUUCCAAUGGGUUAAUAAUAACUGGUUAUUGUCCCAUGUUACAUCACUAAAGGUCAAGGGGUCAUAAAUUGUGUUACAUUUUCCAUGCUGAAUUCAAUAAAUAUGAUUUAACAAAAUGAUUGUGUUUACAAUGCUUUAACUCUUUGACUGUAGGGUUUGCUAGUUAGAAAAUGUGUUUCCUGUUACAACAAUCAAUGAGUUAAAGGCUGUGCAGUGAUUUAUUACUAUUUAUUACUAUUUAUUUUAAGUUUCCUUUUGAAGAGGGCUGUUGGGGGCAAGGCAGUUAUUGUCUGCUGUAAGUGUCUUAAAUUACGGAUGGGUUAUAUGGCUUUUUAUACUAUUGCAUCUUAUGUAAUUACCAUUGUUUUAUUGUGUUGUAAUUAAAAAUCAAAUAAAUCUGUCAAUAAAUAGCAGGCAAAAUACUUCUCAA